ACAGCAGCCGGGAUGACACCGUGGAGAACACACACACACACACACACACACACACAUAUAAGCACACACACUCACACCGACAGAGACACCGCGAGCUGUUUGUCACUUUCUACCUGAACAAUGGGCGUCAUCAUCUCUCACCUGUUCUCCAGGUUCACCUCCAAGAGACCCGUCCGGAUUUUAAUGGUGGGUCUGGAUGCAGCAGGUAAAACAACUCUGCUGUACAGACUGAAGCUGGCCGAGGUCGUCACCACCAUCCCGACUAUCGGUUUUAAUGUGGAGACUGUGGAGUAUAAGAACAUCAGUUUUACAGUUUGGGAUGUCGGUGGUCAGACUAUCAUCAGACCUCUGUGGAGACAUUACUUCACUAACACACAGGGUCUGAUAUUCGUGGUCGACAGCAACGACCCCGAGAGGAUUAAAGAAUCUGCAGACGAGCUGCACAGGAUGCUGGAGGAAGACGAGCUGAGGGGCGUGGCCUUACUGGUAUUCGCUAACAAACAAGAUUUGCCCAGAGCCAUGUCCGUCGGUGACAUCACAGAGGCCCUGAGCCUAUCAGGAGUCUCUCAGCCGUGGUUUGUCCAGUCCUCCUGUGCCGUCAGCGGUUCAGGUCUGGUCGAGGGUCUGGACUGGCUCUCCGACCAGAUCCUGAAACAGUAGAUGGCGAUGUGACGCUCCGGGGUUCUGUCAGGCAGUCUGCUGCGAGCCGAGCCGAACCAAGCCGAGCCGAGCUGAAUUGAACCAGUGAAUCAAGGAGAAGCACGAAGGAUCCUUUUUGUAUGAAUACGUUAUUUUACUGCUGUGUGCAUGGCGCAUAGAAAACCCUGUACAUCAUUACUUCCUCCUGCACUUUACAGUUUAAUAUUAACUCCCUUUAAAGCAGUGGAUCAACCUGGGGGCCGGGAUCCCCACUAGGGGUCGGCUAAAGUUUCACCGGGGGGGUCGCGAGGCCUUCUUGAUUUUAAGGUGUGUAAGGAAAUAUGCACACUGUAGGCCUGUAUCUCUGCAUCUCGUCUCAUUCUGUGAAUAAAACUAAAUGUUAGAAUGAAUGAAUGAUUGUAAAACAAAUACAGACAUAUAAUUGUAUGAAAGGUUCCUAAAACCAUCAAAAAAACUCACCUCUGAUGUAAUAUUUAAAUAAUCUGCUCAGAAUUCCUCCAGAUCUUAAUUGAUUUAUUAUUUAUUGAUGUAUAAAGUGACACUGAAGCCAAAUGUCUGAUCAAAAAUCUAAUUUAUUUGUGUAACAAGUAUCCACAGACGCACAUGUCGGGAACCGGUUUCUGACAAUCAGAUGGAUUAUUUCUAUGUAUGUAUGUAUGUCUAAUAUUCUCUUAUUAUUUUACCACAGAUGUUAUAACACUCAGUUUAUCUGUCCUCUGUCAUUGGUGAUUUUACACUUAAACUAACAUUAUGGCCAUUUUUUUCAGUCUUUAUGAAAAUGUCUAUUUUUAUAUAUUCAAUACAUUUUGUUCAUAUUUAUUUUAGGGCAGAAUAAAGUCGUCACGUUGGA